AACUCCUCUAAAAUGAAAAUGAAAGUAGAAAUUAAGCGCACGAUGUCGACAGCCAAACAUCAACAUGGAUAAACUUUUUACCUUUCUAAAAUGCCUUACUUUAUUAUCUCAUUUUCAAGACUCCUCGUGUAAAAAUGUUCUGUUGAUUGUUGGUGAUGAUGCUGGAUUUGAGACACAAGUUUACAACAACAGCAUCUGUAAAACUCCUUUUCUGAACAAACUGGGAUCUCAUAGUCUUGUUUUCACGCAUGCAUAUGCUUCAGUCAGCAGCUGCUCACCUAGCAGAUCCACCAUAUUGUCUGGACUGCCCCAGCAUCAGAAUGGAAUGUAUGGCCUCCAUCAGGAUGCUCAUCAUUUCAUGUCAUUUGAUGGAGUUCGCAGUCUUCCCAAUCUCUUACACCAAGCAAACAUUAAAACAGGUAUAAUAGGGAAGAAGCAUGUAGGACCUAAGUCAGUUUAUUCAUUUGACUUUGAAGAAACUGAAGAGAACAAUUCAAUUCUGCAAGUUGGGAGAAACAUCACUCGCAUCAAACAACUUGUGAACAAGUUUCUUACUAUUUACAAGACCAGCCCCUUUUUCCUGUAUGUUGGCUUCCAUGACCCCCACAGAUGUGGGCACAGCCAUCCUCAGUAUGGGGCCUUUUGUGAAAAGUUUGGAGACAAUUCCAGUUCAGAAAUGGGUCAUAUACCAGACUGGACCCCUGUGCAUUAUGACCCCAAGUCUGUCAAAGUGCCAUAUUUCAUCCCUGACACCCCAGAGGCUAGAACGGAUAUUGCUGCUCAAUACACAACAAUCAGCAGACUAGAUCAAGGCAUAGGAUUGGUAUUAGGGGAGCUAGAGAAACAUGGUGUAUUACAGGACACCCUGGUGAUGUACACGUCGGACAAUGGAGUCCCUUUCCCCAGCGGUAGGACCAACCUGUAUGAUCCAGGAAUGUCCGAGCCCUUUCUAGUGUCCUCCCCUUACCACAAGGUCAGCUGGGGAAAGAGGAGCAGUGCCAUGACUAGUUUAUUGGAUAUUUUGCCAACAGUUUUAGACUGGUUCAAAGUGCCAUACCCAGAGUACAAACUUCUGAAACACCCUGUACAACUCACAGGAAAAUCUGUUCUGCCAUUGUUAGAAUACGAGGAUGCAGCAGAAUCAAGGGAUACGGUGUAUGCAAGCCAUAAUCUACAUGAAAUCACCAUGUAUUACCCAAUGAGAGUAAUUCGUACAAAGCAGUACAAACUUAUUCAUAAUUUAAAUUAUCUAAUGCCAUUUCCUAUUGAUCAAGACUUCUAUGUUUCUCCAACAUUCCAAGAUAUUCUGAAUCGCAGCAAAUCUGGAGAGCCAACUCAUUGGUCGAAAUCUUUAUACAGCUAUUAUUACCGAGAUGUUUGGGAGCUGUACGAUAUUAUGAACGAUCCACAGGAGAAAAUCAAUCUUUGGGCAGAGCCUUCACAUCGAAAGAUUCUAGAAGCCUUAAAAAACAAACUUUUUCAUUGGCAGAAUGUAACCUCUGACCCCUGGAUUUGCUCACCGAAAGGUGUGCUGGAAGACCAAGGCUUGUACAGUAGCAACCCCCAGUGUUUACCACUGUACAAUGGAUUGGAUCCUAACUGAACAAGAAUCUCACAUUACUGAAGAAUCUUUUUAUUGUUGUACAUUUAUUUUUUACUAUAUCUUGCAUGUACUUUAACUGGAUGUUUUGCAUUUAAACUAUUUUUUACAUGAAGGAAUAAAGAAAUGAUAUAUA